UGUGACGGGGUUGAUGGUUCACGUGGUCCCCCCGACUGUAGGGGUCGCUCCACUCCACUCCACUCCACGCGUUCCGCUCCUCCUCUCGCAACCCGCGUCUCCGAUUGCGCGAUGAGUGAGCCGCGCUUCCAGUGUACAGCGUCGCUUCGAAUAGCCCAUCCUGCACACCGUGCUGCCGACUCCAUGCCCCCCUGCUCACGUCAAGACUCGAGACCAAAUGGGAUGCAGCGGUGAUGCAGUGGAACCCGGCCACCUGAGCUCGAUUCCUGGCCACGGCUAACAUCAGUGAUCGCACGCCUUCUGCGGAGCAACGUCAACUCGGGCAUACGAGACAGAGACGCAUAGACAUCAAGAGGUGCAUUCGUAGAGACGCACAGUGACAUGCGCACACAGACACACACGCUUACCCAAACGCAACAUACACCAACGAUGUCACGCACGAAGAGCCGACGCACACUGUAAUAUAGCCAAACACUCACACACACAGAACUACACAACUACACACACUGGCGCAUCAGCAACACAGACGAACACACACCAACAAAACAGACACGCAUUUUUGACCCAAACACAUUGACAAACACACACUUUGACCCACACACCGACACGCGCACACAUAUCAAACCGCACACACACUCACGCAUAGUCGCCCCCACACACAGAUAGCCAACCACACACGCAGACACUGACACCCACGCUUUGACCCACACGGACAACCAACUACACACCCACGGAUAGCCACCUACACGCGCAGAGCCACACACACGCAGAGAUCCACACACACACACGCAGAGAUCCACACACACACACGCAGAGAUCCACACACACACGGAGAGAUCCACACACACACGGAGAGAUCCACACACACACAGAGACACACACACGGAGAGAGCCACACACAGAGAGAAACACACACACGCACAGAGCCACACACACAGAGAGCCACACACACGCACGUCCAACCAUGGCGUGCCAUCUCGCGGAGGGCCCCGGCCAGUCGUGUCCGGCCCCCGCGCGUCUCCCCGCCGCGGCCUCGCCCCUGGGCCUCUCCGCGCUCUCCGUGGCCCUGCUGCUGCUGCUGCUCCUGCUGCUGCUGCUGCUGCUGCUCGUGGUGCUGCGAUUGUGGAGGGGAUCCCGGCGCCUUCCCGAGGGGUUCCCGCCGGGACCCCGGGCGCUGCCCUUGGUCGGGAACCUCCUCUCGCUGGGGGAGCAGCCGCACGUGACGCUGACGGAGCUGGCGAGCCAGCACGGAGCGGUGUACUCGGUGUGGCUGGCCACCAUCCCGGCCGUGGUGGUGUGCGGCUACGAGGCCGUGCGCGAGUGCCUGCAGCUGCGUGCCACCGACUUCGCCGAUCGCCCGUGCCUCCCGCUCUUCCAGCGCCUCACGGGCAUGCGUGGCCUCCUGAACGCGCGGUUCGGCCCGGGCUGGGCCGAGCAGAGGCGCCUGGCGGUGUGGAGCGUCCACGCGUUUGGCACGGCGAAGCCCGACUUUGAGAGUCUCCUCCAGGCGGAAUGCGCCCACCUGCUGGAGGCUAUGGACAAAGCCUUCGAGGCAGCCGAUACAGAAUCAUCGUCGUCGUCGUCAUCGCAUUCAUCAGCAGCAGCAGCAUCCAGAUCACCAACAGCAAACGCGUCGUCAUCAUGUGAUCUAUCAUCAGUAGCAGCAUGUGCUUCAUUAACACCAUCAAAAUCCCGAAAAUCAUCCGAUGCUUCACCACCACAAUCAUCGUCAUCAGCAGUAGCAUCGUCAUCAGCAGCAUCAGCAGCAGCAUCCCCUUCAUCUUCACCUAAGCGAGACCCAAGCGCGGCCGCCGCCGGUGGCAUCGACCCGGGCCCUCUCAUCACGAGCGCGGUGUCGAACGUCACCAACCUGGUGAUCUUCGGCGAGCGCUUCGAGUACGGCGACACGGAGUUCGAGGGCAUGGUGCAGAUGUUCAGCGAGAACGUGGCGCUGGCGGCGAGCGCCUGGUCCUUCCUCUACAGCGCCUUCCCGCGCCUCGUGGGGGCGCUGCCCUUCGGCUCGCACCGCCGCCUCUUCGCCAACGCGGAGCGCGUGCGCGAGUGCCUCGUGAGCCUCACCGAGAAGUUCUCGCGCGGCCGCGUGCCCGGCGAGCCGAGGCACAUGGUGGACGCCUACCUCGACCAGGUGGACGCGGCAGAGGAGGCGGCGGCGGCGGUGGCAGCGUUGGAGGCGUCGUCGUCGUCAUCAUCAAGAACAAUGGCAUCAGGAUCACCAGAAACUACAUCAUCAUCAAUGUCAUCGUCUAGGUUAUCACCGCCACCAUCAUUGUCGUCUUUAUCGCCAUUAUCACCGCCAUCACCUACAUCAUCAUCUACUUCACUACAACCACCAUCAUCAUCAUCACCGCCAUCAUCAUCAUCAUCGCCACCAUCAUCACCACCAUCAUCACUACCACCACCACCAUCAUCAUCACCAUCAUCACCACCACCACCAUCAUCAGCACCUACAUCAUCACCACCACCAUCGCCUACAUCACCACCACCAUCGCCUACAUCACCACCACCAUUAUCACCUACUUCACUACAACCACCAUCAUCAUCCCCACCACCAUCAUCAUCCCCACCAUCAUCAUCAUCACCUACAUCCUCACCACCACCAUCAUCGUUCACGCGAGACAACAUGAUCUUCACGAUCGGCGAGCUCUUCAUCGCUGGAACCGAGACGAGCAGCAACACUCUGCGCUGGGCCAUCCUCUACAUGUGCCUCUACCCAGAGCUGCAAGACGAUCUGCACGCGGAGCUGACGCGCGCGCUGCGCGGCGAGCGUCGCGCGCUCCGCCUGUCGGACCGCGCGCGCACCCCGCUGCUCGAGGCCACGCUCCACGAGGUCAUGCGACACGCCACCAUCGCGCCCCUCGGCAUCUUCCGCGCGGCGACGCGCGACACCUCCCUCCGCGGCUUCGCGGUGCCCCGCGGCACCGUGGUGGUGGCCAACCUCCACUCGGCGCACCGCGAUCCGAGCGCCUGGUCCCGCGCGCACGAGUUCCUGCCGCAACGCUUCCUCGACGCCGACGGCAGAUUCGUGCGUCGCAAGGCGUUCGUGGCCUUCUCCAUCGGCCGCCGUCACUGCGUGGGAGAGAAGCUGGCGCUCAUGGAACUCUUCCUGUUCCUCGCCUCCAUGCUGCACAGGUUCCGCUUCAGCCUGGCCGGGGGUGGCGCGCCCGACCUGCGGCCCCGCCUCGGCUUCACCCUGCAGCCGCGACCCUACCGCGUGAGCGCCACGCGGCGGUAGCGCGGGUGGCGCGGGUGGCCGCGUUAGGGGUGGCGUGGAGCGGGCGUGGGGUGGGACAGCCACCAUCACCCAAAGGGCAUCCGCGGCGGAGACUCAGGAACCAUCGCGUUCGGAAGGUGGCCAACCGCUAAGGAUGGAACGAUCACCCGCUGUGAAAUGGGGAACAUCUCUUGGGGGGCCACCGGAGUAGGUUCGAAUGAAGGUGCGAGGUGCCAGUCACAGGGUGGCAACCGCGAAGGACUGAACUAUUGCCCGAGUGAGGAUGACUGGAGACUGGAGAGAGAGAACGCCACCCUUUCUGCAGCGGUCACCGACGACUCCAAGGAGAUGGGUUGGCAACCAGGGAGACGGAGCGGUCAUCUGUGAGAUGGGAACUACCUUCUGGGUGGCCACGGUCGAAUAGAGAGGCAAGAGGGGUUCCAUGUAUAGGGUGGCCACCCGGGUGGCAACCGGGGAUAUGGAACUCUCUUUCCCAGAGAUGCAUUGGGGUUCCACUGAAGACAGAACGACAAUUUAUAGAACUGAACUCGCCGGGGGCAUAAGGCAGUACGCUAACCGCUGCGCCACCACUCCCCUACCCCAUUUAAUAACGCACACGGGUGCACUUUAACUGAACGCACGCGUUGGGCUUGUUCCGCGUAAACUCGGCGUGCAUCCGACAGGCAGAUCGCUCGUUCAUGGAAUUUGCCAAACAUCCCCAUGUAGCAGGGCCCUCCAGACAAAACAACGUCUCUCGAGACCCGGCAAGUGUCCAUCACGGGACGGCUGCUUCGUGAAUGUCUGCAGUCAAUUCGCUUCCAUGGCAGGCGCGCCUCCUCGUUGACGAUGGGCACGGCAGUCGACAGAGGCCACGUCUCGGAUACUUUUAUUGAACCCCACGCUCGCACAUCGUCUCCCUCGUCAGCCCACUCCUUUAUUUACAAGCCGCGACGCGCCGUGCCGCACCCUAAGGCAAGGGUUCUCACACCGCUGUCAUUCGGUAAUUACUGCACUACCCCCCCCCCCUCCCAUUGGGGCACGAUCUAUCCACUGCUGGAUGGAGGACUCCCCAAACCAUCAUCACGAGCGGUGCUGCGACACCACGAUACAUCCACACGUCCCUCAUCGCUCCAUCUCCUCCGCGGUGGUGACGGCCACCCUCGCGGGCGCGUUCCCUCCUUCGGCUGCCAUUCCAUCACUGAUCUCGUCCAUCGCCCAUCAUCGCCCAUCAUCCCUUCGAAGUCGCCCUGUCCUCUGAACCAAUCUCGCCGAACUUUCCUCACAGUCGCUAUUACGUCCGCUCGGCAUAAAUUAUAUAUAGAUACAUCUGACGACUGUGUCCCUGUCUGUCUCUCUCUCCCUGCCGCUCGGUGUAAAGCCCAUCGUGCUCGUCUCGCAACUUUCGUUCGCGCGGCUCACGCCUCCACGACGCUCCGACUGGCACCCUUCUCCAGGCGCCGUCGGUGCGCGCGCAGCCGCGCGGCGGCUCAGUGUAGGAGCCGGACAGUGGCGGGGGUGGUGGUGGCGAUGCACGCGGCUCAGUGUGGGAGUCGGACAGUGGUGGUGGUGAUGGUGGUGGUGGCGAUGCACGCGGUUCAGUGUGGGAGCCGGACAGUGGCGGUGGUGGUGGCGGUGGUGGUGGCGAUGGUGGUGGCGAUGCACGCGGCUCAGUGUAGGAGCCUGACAGUGGUGGUGGUGGGGGUGGUGGUGGUGGUGGCGAUGCACGCGGCUCAGUGUAGGAGCCGGACAGUGGUGGUGGUGGUGGUGGCGAUGCACGCGGCUCAGUGUAGGAGCCGGACAGUGGCGGUGGUGGUGGUGGUGGCGGCGAUGCACGCGGCUCAAUGUAAUCGCGCACCAGGGAGGCAGCAGCGAGGGUUGAUGAUGGAUCCCCGCAUUCCAACGCUGUGACAAUCCCCGGUGCCACUGGGGAGGAGCCGUACCCUGGCUCUGCCAGGAGGAAAACAGGACAGCAAGAGGGCGCCGGCUGUUUCCAUCUGUACGGGGAUAUUAUUUCCCCCUCGCACGCAAGGUGCGGGGUUUCUCCGGGUGCUCCGGGUUCCUCCUCCCCACGUCAAUAAUACUACUAAUAAUAACCACACUAAACGCGACUCGUCAUCCAUUGGCUUGUUACAAAUCAACACCCGCAGAGUCCUGCGACUCCUUGCUGUGUGGCCGCGCGCGUGUCCCGAGUCUCGCUGCCUGACGACGAAGGCGCCUCGCGGGGAGGCGCCCACACCGAGUGUGCCGCCUCGAUCGGGCCCGGCAGACCACCGAGAUCCACAUCAAUUAUGGGGGGGGGGUGGUCCUAUGCCCCCCUCCCCAGUGUAACCUAAGAGGCACUGUUACAAUCGCUAUCAUCAUUACAAUCAAAGUACAAUCGUUAAUGUUGUUGUUACAGCAGUUUUGUGUUUAGAGAAAUAUGUUAUAAAAGCUUAAAAAACGGACACAUUUUCAUCAUCAUCGUCGCCGUCGUCUUGACAUCAGCGUCACUGUUAUUGUUUUUACGUCGUGAACAUCGUUCUUUCACCCGACGUUAAAAAACAACCUGGGUUGUAGAUUUGGCACGGUGCUGCUGGUACGGGUUCCCCGAUUGUAUAACCCCCCCAACCACUCCCCCCACCAUCACUGCUCUCAACAACACGUGGAACACACACACACACACAGUUCUCAUCAGCGCUGUCACGCGUUUAUCAAUCAUCAGGCGCGUGAAAGCGUGCAACGAUUUAAAAUAUACAUUUAAAAAAAAUAAUUAUCGUUUUAGUUCACAGACGACAUUGGGUAAAUGCUGGAGCGUCGCUCGCACACGUGUGGAAGCGUUCUGCACAACCGGUCACUGGUUCCUCGUUUUUCACUGCACAACCGAGCCGUGCCAGUAUUGUUUUUCCCACUCUGUAGAAGCCGAGCCGUGCCCUUGACGGCACACGCAAUUCGCACAUUAUCAGCCCCGUCUCUGGCCCUGUUUGGCCUGCCAGCCAGAUCCAGUCGUUUUCUUGUGAUGCCGGCAGCACACAUGUCACGAUUUUGGUUUCGUCUCAGCUUUGCCAACUGAUCCAGUGGGGGAAAAAAAAACUACCACCCGUGCCAUGCUGGCCCCGUGCUGGCUCGGCUCGGAUAUACAAGUGGAAACGGGGUAUUGUUGCUGGAAACAAUGUGCGACCGCUUGCCAGCACGCGCGCCAGUGUGAAUUUGGUGAGCUCCCUUUUAUUUAGCCAUGUUCGCGGUCAACGAUGACCGCUGAAGUGGUCAAUGGCCACAUCGAGUCCAGUCUGUGGCCUCCCAUGUGGUCAUUCUCUUAGCCUCGUCCACUGUAAGGGGCAU